ACCCACGUCCAUUGCACGCGAUGCGCACGUUAGAAUUCCCCCUUGAGAGGUUUAUCCCCAACUCCAUCCUCUCAACUCCUCUCUCACUCUCUCCAAUCUGAUCACCCAAGCGAUAAUGCUAUCAUCGACCCUCAUUCCAAAUUCGAAUUUGAAUUUCCCGCCAAAACCUCUCACCUUCCCGCGAAAACCCUCCAUCUUCCCGCCAGCGCUCAAGCUGCUAGGCAGCGGCCCCUCCCGUUCUCUGAUGGCGUCUUUCUCCGGCCUGAGGGUAGUAUCCGACAUGGGACCUUCUCAAACGGACGGUUAUCAUACUCUGAUGGAUUACAUGGGGAAGGCGGAGGCCGGCGUCGGGGACGAUCUCCUCAUUUUGAUCAAUCACUUGCAGUACGCGUGUAAGAGGAUCGCGGCCGUUGUCGCCUCGCCUUUCAAUUCCGAGAUUGGGAGAUGGAAGGGUGUUGGUGGGGCUGAUCUGGCAGCUGGAAGAGACAUUCCGAAGCCACUGGAUAUCGUUUCGAAUGACAUCAUCCUGUCCUCCCUCCGUAGUUCUGGCAAAGUUUCAGUCAUGGCUUCGGAAGAAGACCCUGUCCCAGUUUGGAUAGCUGACGAUGGUCCUUUUGUCGUGGUCACUGAUCCUCUAGACGGUUCUCGAAAUAUUGAUGCCUCUAUUCCAACCGGGACAAUAUUUGGCAUCUAUAACCGGCUUGUGGAAUUGGAUCAUCUACCCAUCGAAGAGAAGGCACUACUAAAUUCACUCCAAAGUGGGCAGAGGCUUGUUGCUGCUGGCUAUGUUCUUUACUCAUCUGCCACCAUAUUCUGCGUCAGCUUUGGUUCUGGAACGCAUGCAUUUACAUUGGACCAUUCAACUGGUGACUUUGUUCUGACACAUCCCCACAUAACGAUUCCACCUCGAGGACAAAUCUAUUCCGUAAAUGAUGCACGGUAUUUCGAUUGGCCUGAUGGUUUGAGGCGUUACAUUGAUACUGUUAGACAAGGUAAAGGGCAGCUCCCUAAGAAGUACUCUGCUCGAUAUAUCUGUUCGCUUGUUGCUGAUUUCCAUCGAACUCUUAUCUAUGGUGGGGUGGUAAUGAAUCCGAGAGACCAUCUGCGCAUAGUCUACGAGGCGAAUCCUCUCAGUUUUCUAGUGGAGCAAGCCGGGGGUAGGGGGUCUGAUGGUAAAAUUAGGAUUCUUUCGAUGCAACCGGUCGAGCUGCAUCAAAGGCUUCCUUUAUUCCUGGGGAGUUUGCAGGACAUGGAAGAGUUAGAAAGCUACGGCGAAAUUCAACAGAAGAUAAAUCCUGGAUAUGAAGUCUGACAUGGAAUAAAACUCCUUCCAUCUUUGAUUUCACACCCAACCUGAGUGUAUCAUUCUGGGAGUCAAAAAGUGUUUUCAAAGGGUUUGUUGUAUAUGAAAUUCGAUCAAUAAUGGUAACUCCCUCUCCUUUUUGUUGCAUUGUAAAAAGAAAUACAUUUGCUUGCUUUGCUGGUUGCAGGUGGUUUAGCAGAAAAUCAGAUAUACUUUGCAAUCCAUGUCGAGAUUUCUGGA